GUUGCCCCGCUGGCGUGGCUAUGACGUGGGGCGGGUUGGGAGAUGAUGUGGAUGGCUGGGAUUGGCUAGGCAAAGUUGACCGUUUGGGGUAGCCGUUACCCAACGGCUAGACUAUAUAAAAUAUAUAUAUAUUUCUUUUUCAAACUUAUGAACUCACCCAUUUUUUAAUUUUUUUUACCACUUCUCUAGUUUUCACCUUCUUCAAUCUCUAUAUUUUUUUUAUUAAAUUCAACCCACUUAAUCCUCUACAAUGCAUCCAUUUAACCGAAAACUCAACCCGAACAACCCCUUUGCUUUCCAAGAGAACCUGAAUCCUAGCCAGCCACAAAACCGCCACCCACCAAACCCGACCCAAAUACCCCUUACCCACGGCCAACCACAAGGUUUUGUAUACUCACCUUGUCCCGAGCUAGCAAGAAUCGCGUCGUAUGUAGGGGGCGUGUUUACACGAACUUUCCAUACGACAGUUCAGCUAUUCCAACUAACCUUUCCGAACCCGAUCCGUACCCGAAACACAACCGCAAGACGUUGGUGGUUCGUCAUCCAAACCGGCCAAAAAAAGAAGUCACAAAAAAACGGAUGAAGAGAAAGCAAUAGCGGCUGCUCAACGAGUACAAAAAAAGUGGACGACUCAAUAAGAAGCUACUUUGACAAGAUGUUAUAUCGACGAAUCACAAGAUUCGAUCAAAGGGAAUGCACGACACCGCACAGAUUUUGGGAUGCCAUUAAAAAUCAUUUCAUAUACAAAUGCAAAACAAGGAGGUGUAUCGUGAAAAUGAUAGCCUCUCGUCCAAGUGGAGUGACGUCACCUUGUUCAAUGGUUGUUUCCAUAAGGCGAAGAACUCGCCAAGGAGCGGUGAAACCGAAGCCGACUUUAUCCAAAAUGCUAUGGUCUCGUAUAGAGAAAACAAGAAGGCCGAGUUCAAGUACAUGCAUUGUUGGAAUAUAUGUAGAUACGCUUCUAAAUGGGCGACGGUCCCUACUGCUAACGAAUCAACCUCAUCCAAAAGGGCAAGAACACCCUCGUCCCAAGCUGAAUUCGAUGCUCGUGAUCAAGAGCUUGAUCUAAGUUUGGAUGAUUUUGACAAUUCUCUUUCCCGCCCACCCGGUAGAGACACUUCAAAAAAGCGGUUUCAAAGAGGUAGAUCGGGCUCGACAUCGGGUUCGGCCACUAGUUCGGCUUCGGGUAAAGGGUUAUACACCGACCAGUUGUUAGAAAUUGGGACGAACAUUGACACAUUCAUUUUCAUACAGCAACAAAGGGUCGAGGUGAAGAAAAAUAUCCAAGUGGCUCGCAAAAAAAAAAGGCAUCUCACAAAGAAAAACUUGCGGAUAUGAAGUUUCUCGCCAUGAACGUCGAUCACCUUAGAGGCGCAGAAUGGCAACGACGUUGGAGAAGAAAAAAGAGAUCUUACAAAAAUAUAACAUGGAUAAAUGAUAUGAUGAAGUUUUAUUUUAUUUUAUUUUAUUUUAACA